UUUAAUAUUAUUAUUUCACCAUGUAUUUUAGACAACAUUGCCUAGAAUGCGGUACAUUAUAUCAAAAUUAAAGACUCUAUUUUAAGUGAUCCAUGGGUGUGUGUAUUGAAUGCUAUAUAUUUAUGCGAAAAUUGUGCAAUGAUUUUAUCCACAGAAGCUGGAACUACAAAAAUUAAGAAAUAUUCUUAGUUAGAUGCAGAGGAAAUGGAUAAAGUCAAGAAAGGUGGAAACUAUAAAUUUAAGUUAAAUGUUUAAAACACAAAUGAUAAAUUUCAUUCUAAUAAAGCAUUAUAAUAUCGGUUUGAAGUAAUCAAUUGAGCUAGAGUAGUUAGCAUUAGGUUUGAGUGAAUAUGAUUCGGAUAUGAGUACAAAUUACGCAAGUCCAAAUAAAUCAACGAUUUACUAACCUGAAUAAAAAAAAAGAUUAGCAAAAGUUUUAGAAAUAGAAGGAAUGUAAUAAGACAUUGAAUGGUUAUAAAUUCAAUACCAAAUCUUAACAAGAGAUUUUAAGAAAAAAGUUGAUAAGAAUUAUUAUUUGACAAAAAUAGAAGAGAUAGGCAAAAAAUUUCUUGAAAAAGAAAAAUAGAAAUAAGUUCUAUAGAAAUAAAUUAUUAGUUAAAAUGAUGUUUUUUCUUCCUUUUCUGCCUUAUUGAAAAAGUAGACUUGA